AUGAGCUUACAGUGCUUUGUGCCGUGGACGGCACAUGAGGCUAUCUCCCUGUGUUUGCCAGAUGCUCUUCAGUUUGUCGCAGAAUCGACCAAGUCAGUUCUGGGUAUGGAUGUGCCCAGCUGCAGAGAACCUUGCGCGCUGCCAGUGGUGUUUGGAGCGGGGAUGGCAAGCACCACCUGCUCAUUAUAUUACGUCGGCACAACAUGGCCUGGAACAUUGGGCAUUUUAUUCCCUUCUUCGUCCUGGCAGAUUUCCAUCGUCAUGGGCAGCCUUGCAUGUGUCUCAUCGGCCUGCUUCCUGCACUGUCAGGCUACAAUCGUGGGCUGUCGAGGAGAUCUGAGUGGCAGCAAUCAUCAGAGGCUUCUAGCCGCAGGUGCGAUGCUUUACGCAAACCUCACAGCUAUGCCGAUCUUUGCCCAUGCUGCCAUGCUGAACCCAAAAUUCAAGCUCCUCCUGCUGGUGAACAAGCUCAGCUUUGCUGGGAGCUCUUUCCAAUUCAGAGAAAGUAUUCGCCGGGCGGGUGGGGACCUUGUCAAGGCCAGAGGCUCAUCAGAUCGCCCUCGCAGGCAGACACUUUCCCACUUCCUUUGGCAGGAGUUUGAGCUUGGUGUUGAAGCAACUUGUGCAGCAUUGUCAAUCGAUGCCCCUGCAUCAGCUGGGAGAGCGGUCCUUGCAAAUGCGUGCAGCAGGGUAAUUGCCACUUUUUCUGUUGCUUGUUUGUUUUGGUGGCCAAACGGUUUUUUUGCGACCGCAUGGCCUGGUAUCUAA